GCGGCGCGGCUGGCAGGGGCGGAGGCGGACGGGCAGCGGGCGGCAGAGGCGUAGAGGACGCGAGGCGGCCGGCGGGAGACAUGGACCGCAGCGAGCAAGGUUUGCUGAGGACACCCACAGUACCCGAGGAAGGAGAAGAUGUUGCAGCCACGCUCAGUGCCACAGAGACCCUCUCAGAAGAGGAGCAAGAAGAGCUGAGAAGAGAACUUGCAAAGGUAGAAGAAGAAAUCCAGACUCUGUCUCAGGUGUUAGCAGCAAAAGAGAAGCAUCUAGCAGAGAUCAAGCGGAAACUUGGAAUCAGUUCACUACAGGAACUAAAACAGAACAUUGCCAAAGGGUGGCAAGAUGUGACGGCAACGUCUGCAUAUAAGAAGACGUCUGAAACCCUGUCUCAGGCUGGACAGAAGGCUUCUGCUGCAUUGUCAUCUGUUGGCUCAGUCAUCACCAGAAAGCUGGAAGAUGUAAAAUUGCAAGCUUUUUCACAUUCCUUUAGUAUACGCUCCAUUCAACAUUCAAUUAGCAUGCCUGCUAUGAGAAACUCUCCAACUUUCAAAUCAUUUGAAGAAAAGGUUGAAAACUUAAAGUCUAAAGUAGGGGGAACCAAACCUGCUGGUGGUGAUUUUGGAGAAGUCUUGAAUUCGACUGCAAAUGCUAGUGUCACCGCCACAGAGCCGCCUACAGAACAGACGCAGGAGAACCUGUGAGAUUCCUACCUUUGUUCUGCUACCCACUGCCAGAUGCUGCAAGCAAGAUCCAAGCACAUCUUGUCAACAUUCAUUGCCAUGAAUUUCUACCAGAUGUGCUUUUAUUUAGCUUUACAUAUUCUUUGACCAAAUAGUUUGUGGGUUAAACAAAAUGAAAAUACCUUAACCUCUACUUCUGGGAAACACCCUUUAAUGUGUAUUGAAGGUCCAUUAUUUAGGAAAUGCUAUUAUAUAAAGUCACAUAUAGUACCUGGGGAUGCUCACUAGGAUGAUCUGAGAAGCUGCAGGUGAUCAUAGUUGCUUUCUUACUUUAUAAAAUUGCUCUGCAUCUGGGAUGCCAGUUUGCUCUUUUGUCUUCUAUAAGAGUAUUUCCCUUUUUGAAUCACUGCAUAUUUGAUUCCUGACUAAAAUUGUUCUUUUAAAUUUUAUGAAUCCUGGUUAUUAAAAAUUUUAGUGUCAUUUUCUUUACCUUAAGGGAUGAACUACGAACUACAAAAAAAAACCAUUUUUGAAUAAACACUCCUUAAUAUAAGGUACCUAUCUUGGGUAUCUGAAGAUGCCAGACUAAAAUAAACAGUUCUAUAUCCAUUUUGUUAUAACUUCAUAUGUACAGUAAUUCACACUGCUGGGUGACUUGAGAGUGGGACCCCCAUCCCCCAUAUCCUUGUUAAUUGGCAUUCGUGACAGUAAGCAUUUCAGCCUAUUAGUUAUUUCACCACUUAUGUCAACUUUUCUUCAGAUUCAAGUUUAAAGUUCAGAGUAAACUGACAUCAUUCUGAGUCAAACAUACUGUAUUUCAGUAGGCCAAAAUAUGAGUGCACCCAUCAGUGUUCAAGUGUUUUAGACCUAGUUGUAAACAUGCUAAAAUCAACCACAUCAGGGAACACAUUGCUGUCUCCACUUAAUUCAUUUAGCAUCCUUUAAGUACACAAAGUUAUAUUACUGUUAAAACUUGAACAUAUUUUGGUGAUAAUUCCUGAGGAUGUAAUACAUUAAUAAAAAUCAAUUCAUUAUUCUCUACUUGUUUUCAGUGUGUUAGAAAUUAUAAAAUGAUACUGUAGACAUUCCCCUGCUGUGAGAGCUGUGUUGGGGCUGAUGAAUCAAAGCCUCUGGACAGAUCUGCAUAGAGACUGAGGUUCUAACUCUACUCUGACUCACCACCACUUUUUUCUUAUGCUGUAAAUGUAAUGGCUUACAUUGUCGUAUCUAUUAUUUAUCGAGUUGUGAUUGUUUAAUUGUUUAUGCCAAAUGUUAAUUGCCAAGCUUGGAGUGACCUCAAACAUUUUUUUAAAAGCAUGAUUAGAUGUCUUUAUGAUAAAUUCUUCUAAACACCAAAUUUGAAAAACCCCAAGUGGUUUUAUAAAAUAAUGUGCUGCCAUUCUUGAUUGCUAGAGCUUUUGUUAGCACUCUGGUGCAGUUGAAUCUAUGCUCUAUUACAUGUGAAAAACUUAAUAAGUUCUGUAUAUCAGUAGUAUAGAUCUCAAUAUCUAUUAUGAGACUAGUGUUCUGGAAAUAGUUUAUUGUAUAAAAGAAUCAACUGGUACCUCUUCUUUUAAAAAGGCAAUUAAAAAAUAAUCCACUUUAAACCACUGCUUAAUGGUAUCAGAUUAACAUUCUCUAAUUUCCUUCUAAAGGCUUUAAGAUAAAAGUUGAAGCAUUGGCCCAGAAGAGAGCUUUGUAGAAAUUUGUCACUUUAUAGAAAUAUUAUGGUUGUUCCUCAUAGCUGUUAAGUUAUUUUUCCCAACAACUAGUCUUUAAAAAAUUUGUUGUUUUUCAAUCAUCUUCAGUUCAUCACAUUGUUUCUUGGGUGUCCUGCCUUGUUCAUGUCUUUUCAACACUGCCAAAUAGAGUAAGAUGGCAAUUUCUUUAGUUAAGAGAAAUAUUCUCAUAUCUUUUUACUGUGUGUAUGCAAAAAAAUUAUGGAAAUUGGAAUGGGAAAUGGAAUGGGUAUAUGAAGGUGAGUACUGGAGAUAGUCAUGAAAGAACUGGAGAAUUAUUUUUUGUUUUUAUCUUGUUUGCCCCCCAGCCAAUCAUUUUUGUAGACAUCUUUCCAGUCUACAAACCAAACCAACCAACUAACCAACCAACACUUGCUUCUUAAAAGUAAAGAAUGAGGAUGAAUUUAGGAAAAUAAAACUGGAUUUAGACAUACUAUGCAAAAUGUUCUUUGUGGUAGAUUUAAUAUCAUGAGACAGAUAUUUAAGAAAUUUGUAAAAGUGAUUAAUAGGAAAACCCAGAAAGAGGUCCUGGCUACUCUGUUGUGUGUUUUAUGUGACACUACAAGAAAACAGCAGGAAAGUGAAAUCUUGGAUAUUUAAGGAUUCAAGAAGUGUAACAGAAGAAAAUAUCACUGACAACAACUCUGUCUUACAAAUAGGAAUGCCUUUAAAUUAUAGAGUGUGGGAAUAUUGCAUGAUUCGUAUGCUUGUAAGACCAAAGUAAUCAAUGAAGAGGGAACACAUUGAUUGGAUUAUCAUCUUAGCAACUUAAUUACUGCAAUACAAAGAAAAAAAAAA